CUAACACGUGCGUCUGCUCGGCUCGGACAUCGCGCACGUUGCGCUCCUCUCUUCACUCGCGGACACACGCUGUAGACUGUUGCUAACACGACUUACGAUACACACGAUUUAUAAAUGGGAGGUCUUCAGAAGAAAAAGUACGAGAGGGGCUCCGUCACCAACUACAUCACCAGAAACAAGGCUCGCAAGAAGUUACAGCUGAGCCUCCCAGACUUCAGGCGCCUGUGCAUCCUGAAGGGCAUCUACCCCCAUGAGCCCAAGCACAAGAAGAAGGUGAACAAGGGCUCCACCGCCCCGAGGACCUUCUACCUGCUCAAGGACAUCCGCUUCCUGCUGCACGAGCCAAUCGUUGGCAAGUUCAGGGACUACAAGGUUUUUGUACGCAAACUUAAGAAGGCUUAUGGAAAAACAGAAUGGACCGACGUGGAGAGGCUGAAGCAGAACAAGCCGGCCUAUAAAUUGGACCACAUCAUCAAAGAAAGGUAUCCGUCCUUCAUCGACGCGCUGCGUGACGUCGACGACGCGCUCUGCAUGGGCUUCCUGUUCUCCACCUUCGCCCGGACAGGAAAGUGCCACGUUCAGACGAUCACGCUGUGCCGGCGGCUCACGGUGGAAUGGAUGAACUACGUGAUCGCGUCCCGCUCUCUCAGAAAGGUUUUCAUCUCCAUCAAGGGAAUAUAUUACCAAGCCGAGGUGAUGGGACAGCUCACGACGUGGCUGGUGCCAUACCUGUUCUCCCAUGAUCAUCCAACUGAUGUUGACUACAGAGUCAUGGCCACGUUCACCGAGCUGUACACCACUCUGCUGGGCUUCAUCAACUUCCGGCUGUACCAUUCCCUCAACCUGGUCUACCCACCAAAGUUGGACAUAAAAGCCGAGUCUGAGCUGAAGGAAGAGGAUGACGACGACUACGCCAUGAAUUCAGAGUGCUACCUCGAGAAACUGUCCGCCCUGAGCACCAGUCUGGCCCGGGUGGUUUCCACUGCAGAGGAAGAGGAGGCUGAAAUCGACAAGUUUCCUGUCGAAGAGGAGGACGUGGAAAAGAUGGAGGCCAGAGAAAUGGAGCAGAAACAGCUGGAAACUCAGAAAAAGCUUUUUGAGGGACGUAAAUUCUUCCUCAACAGAGAAGUGCCCAGAGAGUCGCUGGCUUUCCUCAUCAGGUGUUUCGGUGGAGAAGUGUCCUGGGACAAGUCCGUCUGCAUCGGCAGCGCGUACGAGGUGACGGACGAGAGCAUCACGCAUCAGAUCGUUGACAGACCCAACGUCGACAAACAGUACAUCAACAGGUACUACAUCCAGCCGCAGUGGGUGUACGACUGCAUCAACGCCAAGAUCCUCCUGCCUGUGGAGGACUACUUCCUUGGAGUGACUCUGCCCCCCCACCUCUCUCCCUUCGUGGAAGAGAAGGAGGGAGACUACGUGCCCCCUGAGAAGCUGAAGAUCAUGGCCUUGCAGCGGGGAGAGAAACCUGCCCAUGAGGAAGAGGAGGAAGAUGAGGAGGAAGAUGAUGAUGAUGAUGAGGAAGAAGAUGACGAGGUAGAGGAGAAGAAUCUGAAGAAGCUGGAGGAGCAAAGAUCCAAGGGCAAAUCUCUGUCCGUCAAAGUGACGGCUGGGAAAGUGAAGCUGGACAACCCGGUGUACAAGGAGCAGAACGAGAAGGCGGAGGAGAAACGGCUGGCCAUCAUGAUGAUGAAGAAAAAGGAAAAGUACCUCUACGACAAGAUCAUGUUCGGAAAGAAGAGGAAAAUCCGAGAGGUUAACAAGCUGACUGCCAAGAGGAAGGCCCACGACGAUGCCGAAAAAUCAAAGAAAAAGACCAAGAAAUGAUUCAUCUGAUGUGUUUGUCAGACUGACUUCAUGUAUUUAAAUGCUUGAGGUAGAGUAUUCCAGGUUAACAUGUCCUGAGACCUGUAAGUGCACGAGAGAGCGCUCUGGUAGGCUCUGGGGCCAUUGCAUAACUUCAAGCUGAGAGGCAGACGUGCCACCUGUGUGAUUUUAAUGUAAAGUGACCGUUUGACUUCAUGUUUGUGUGAACGAUUCUACAUUACAAGAUAUUUCUUACAUUUUAUUGUAUAAUUUGUACUUUAAACUGUCUAUUAAAGUAAAACUUCGAAGGGUUAA